AAUGAAUGAGUCGAAUUUAAAACCUUCCUUCCAGGCCGUUGUCUUAGCGGGAGGGAAAGGGUCGCGAAUGCGAGAUGUCACGGAAAAAAUUCCAAAAGCACUCGUUCCAAUUGGAAAUGUUCCUUUAAUUUAUUUUCCUCUAAAAUCGCUUGAAAGAGUUGGAUUUCAAGAAGCUAUUGUCGUUGUUUUAAAAUCUCAAAAAGAGAUCAUCGAUACGGCAAUUACGAAUACCGACUUAAAGCUAUGUGUAAAGUUUUUUGCCAUCGAGGAUGAGGAUGACCUUGGAACUGCUGAAAGUCUACGUUUGCUCAAAGAUAGAAUUGAUAUGGAUAUUCUUGUUGUAUCCUGUGAUCUGAUAACUGAUUUAUCUUUUCAUAAAUUGGCCGAUAUGCAUAGAGCAAAAAACUCUUCUCUAACCAUAAUGUUGGCUAAAUCCUUAUCUGUGGGUGAAAUUCUACCCCCAGGAGGAAGAAUUAAUAGAAAAAUAGAAAAUCAAUUUAUCGCUUUGGACAACAGCCAAAGGCUGAUUUAUAUGGCAACUGAAUCUGAUUUAGAAGAUGAAAUAAGAAUACGUCAUAGAAUAAUUAAAAACUAUCCAUGUAUAAACAUGCAUUCUUCACUAAUGGAUAGCCAUGUUUACCUUAUUAGCAAGUCAACUUACGAUUUAAUGUUUGAGGACACGAAUAUUAUCGACCUAAGAGAAUAUAUUCCUCUUAUAGUCAAGAAACAGUUUGCAAAAGAGGAUAAAGUGGAGAAAAAUGAAAAUGAAUCUGAAACUGAUGAUCAUUUAAUUGACGAAAUGUCAUCUUUUCGCCACCAAUCAACUUCAAUUAAUUUACCAAGAUGUUUUGGUUACUUUUACGAUGGUUUAUGUUUUAGAGUCAACAAUAUAAUGGCAUAUUGUGAAGCAAAUCGUCGGAGUACCACCUUCUUGGAAAAGUUUAAAGGAAUUCCCACAGUUAAUAUUUCUCCAUCUAUUUCUCUUCAACCAAAAUCCACUGUGAACUCCGAUUGUUUAAUUGGUGAAAAAGUGACCAUUGGAGCUAAAUGUGGUAUCAAAAAAUCAAUUAUUGGAAUGAAUACAGAAAUAGGAGAUUAUUGUAAAGUUACAAACUGUAUCAUUAUGAAUAAAGUAAAGCUAAGGAAAGGCAUAACUAUUCAAAAUUGCAUUAUAUGCGAAAAUGCCACUCUUGAGGAAAAGUGCGAGUUAAAAGAUUGUAUUGUUGGAGCAGACCAAAUUAUACAUGGAAUGGCUAAACUGUCAGGUGAAGCAGUUCGAGGAGUUAUGAAUACAGGAUUCGAUUUGGAUUAA